GGUGGUGAUCGUCGUGUCGCCAGCGAGCUGUCAGUGUUGGGGGAGAGAGGAAUCGGUCCAGCAUCUCUGGAGCGGCGGAGAGGAGCGGAGGACAGAGACACAUCAGCUAAAAUGACGAGAUUUUAGCUCAAUGUUCCCCACACUGGAUGUUCAAAGCGUGGUUGUUUAAAAACGGCCCCUUCCCGUCUGCCGUAGAUCAGCGCGGAGAUCUGACUUCAUUCUAUCAAUGAGAGAUAUGUGGAGUGGCUCUACCGCCCGGUGUUAACGCAGAAAAACACAAGAUGAAGAAGCAGUUCAACCGAAUGAGACAGCUCGCCAACCAAACAGUGGGCAGAGCGGAAAAAACUGAAGUAUUGAGUGACGACCUACUACAGGUGGAGAAACGUCUGGAGCUGGUCAAGCAGGUUUCCCACAGCACACACAAGAAGCUGACCGCCUGUCUGCAGGGCCAGCAGGGCGUGGAGGUGGAGAAGAAAUCUGUCAGGUCUCCCUCGAAGAAGCUUCCUCUAACUACACUUGCACAAUGUAUGGUGGAAGGGGCGGUGGUGCUCGGAGACGAGUCCCUACUAGGGAAGAUGCUGAAGCUCUGCGGCGAGACGCAGGAGAAACUGGCUCACGAGCUCAUCUUGUUCGAGCUCACCAUCGAGAGGGACGUCGUGGAGCCUCUGUACGACCUGGCAGAGGUGGAAAUCCCAAACAUCCAGAAACAAAGGAAACAUUUAGCCAAGCUGGUGCUGGACAUGGACUCAGCGCGCACACGGUAUUAUCAGUCCAACAAGUCUUCAGGACUGGCCAGUAACCUGCAGCCGUCAGGAGCGAAGGCCGACCACCACAGGGAGGAGAUGGAGGAGGCAGCCAACCGCAUGGAGAUCUGCAGAGACCAGCUAUCGGCAGACAUGUACAGUUUUGUGGCCAAAGAAAUCGACUAUGCAAGCUACUUCCAGACACUGAUAGAGGUCCAGGCAGAGUACCACAGGAAGUCCUUAGAGCUGCUGCAGAGCGUGCUGCCCCAGAUCAAGGCUCAUCAGGAGACCUGGGUGGAGAAGCCGUGCUACGGGAAAUCAUUAGAGGAUCACUUAGCGCUCAGCGGGAGAGAUAUUGCCUUCCCUAUCGAGGCCUGUGUCACCAUGCUGCUGGAGUGUGGCAUGCCGGAAGAGGGUUUGUUCAGAAUCGCUCCUUCAGCCUCCAAACUGAAGAAACUGAAGGCGUCUCUGGACUGUGGCGUGUUGGAUGUCGAGGAGUACUCUGCAGACCCUCAUGCCAUCGCAGGUGCUUUGAAGUCGUACCUGCGGGAGCUCCCAGAGCCGCUAAUGACAUACGAGCUCUACAACGACUGGAUCCAGGCCUCAAACAUUCAAGAUCAAGACAAGAGACUGCAGGCUCUCCUCAACGCCUGUGAGAAACUCCCCCCGGCCAACAACAACAACUUUAAGUAUUUGAUCAAGUUCCUCUCCAAACUGACUGAAUACCAGGAUCUGAACAAGAUGACUCCUGGAAACAUCGCUAUUGUCCUGGGACCCAACCUGCUGUGGAUGCACAACGAAGGGAACAUCACAGAGAUGAUGACCACCGUGUCCCUGCAGAUCGUCGGCAUCAUCGAGCCCAUCAUCCAGCACGCAGACUGGUUCUUCCCUGGAGAAAUCGAGUUCAACGUCACGGGGAACUACGGAAGCCCGGUCCACACAAACCACAACGCCAACUACAGCUUGAUGCCGUCUCCUGACAUGGAUCAGAUAGAGAGGAAGCAGAACGACCAGAGCCGACGGCCGCUGAGCGUCGCCACGGACAACAUGAUGCUGGAGUUCUAUAAGAAGGACGGUCCAAGCAUCAUUAACAGCUUUACAGUCCACUGUCGCAAAGCCCUGCACUGGAUGAGUACUCUAAAGAACAAGGAGCUGUCUCCAGUGAUUGGACAGAAGGGACUGCAGGGACUGCAGGGGACGCUGACCUCUAGUGGAUCUGAUCACAGCCCCCACACCCUGAGGAGAGCAAAGAAGCUGGCCCCGAUCCCCCCCAAAGUCCCGUACUGCCAGUCAGGAGCCAUGUCGGACCAGUCCACAGGCCAGCCGUCCCCUGUCAGCCUGUCGCCCACCCCCCCCAGCACCCCCUCCCCGUACAGCUUCAGCUACCCGCAGGGAUACGCCACCAUCGGCUCCCCGGGACAGAUCCAGCUGGCCUCCACCCCGUCUCUCUCCUCUCCCCCCUCACUGGCCGGGACCCUCACCAAGGCCAGGCCCACCCCCAAGCCACCCCGGCAGAGACCCAGCUUACCCCCCCCUCAGCCCCCCAGCACGCCCGGCACCAGCCCCCAGCCCCUGGAUCAUUCUUCAGGCCUCCUGGAUGGUUUGUCUCCUGGGGAAAGCAUGUCCACAGAUUGUCUCUGCAACUUGGACAUCCCCAUCAUCGACGUGGAACUGAACUGUAUUUUCGACCUGACCCACAUCUCCCCCUUCAGGAACUCGGUGGCACUGCGUGAACCCACGGGCUUCAGAGCCGAGUCGGAGGAAGAGUCUGAUAGCACAGUGCUAUGACGCCACUGA